GGAGGAGGAAAAGAGGAGGUGGCGGAAGUGAGCCUCGUUUCCGUUUCCGGUCGGGGCUCGCUCUCUUUCUGUUCGGCGAGGAGAGGCGGCAGGAGACGCGUGGAAGGUGACACUCAGCUGCCAGGAUGCAGAUUUUUGUGAAGACCCUGACGGGCAAAACCAUCACCCUUGAGGUGGAGCCCAGCGACACGAUUGAGAACGUCAAGGCGAAAAUCCAGGAUAAGGAAGGUAUCCCUCCUGACCAACAGCGUCUGAUCUUUGCGGGGAAGCAGUUGGAAGAUGGCCGCACGCUGUCGGACUACAACAUCCAGAAAGAGUCCACCCUUCACUUGGUGCUGCGUCUCCGCGGGGGGAUCAUCGAGCCGUCUCUUCGCCAGCUCGCCCAGAAGUACAACUGCGACAAGAUGAUUUGCCGCAAGUGUUACGCCCGCCUGCACCCCCGUGCUGUGAACUGUCGCAAGAAGAAGUGCGGCCAUACCAACAACCUGCGCCCAAAGAAGAAGGUCAAAUAAAGAGGGGGGUGCGGUCUCCCCCCAAUCCCCAAAUCUGGGCUUGGCGUUGUUGCGGUGAAGCGCUCUGUCUCCUGUUCGGCCCGGCCGUUCCUUUUUCCUGCCCAUUAGAAUAAACUUUCAGAGCACCAA